AUGGGUACAGACCCGAUAGCAGAUCCGUGCCUUCAGGCGCGUCUAGAUCCAGGCAUCCUCCGGCUGACUGUGACCCUAGCCCUCCAGGCAAUGUUAAGAAUUCCAGAGACCGGGAAGCCCGCGCAGCCCUUUACAAAGGUCCAGCAAGGGGUGUCUGAACCAUACAUGCAGUUUAUAGGUCGGCUUCGCGAUGCACUAGAUAAGCAGAUUGACAAUCGGGAAGCAAAAGACGCCUUGCUACAAAAGCUAGCUAGGGUCCAGCGCCACCUGCACCCCCGCUGUCACCUCCGGGCACCCGCCCGCCCGCCCGCCCCGCCGCCGGCUGCUGCGCUUCUCAGGUUCGAGCGCCCGCCCGCACGCACCGGGCGCUGCCUGCUGCUGCGCCCUGCCCACCACCCCGCGGGCCCCCGCUCGCCGCUGCCCGCCGCCGCCGCUGCCCCCCCGCCACCCCCCUCCCCGGGCCGGCCUCCCCUCAGCCCGCCGGCCCCUCUGCUGGCGCUGCGGGCCGCCGCCGGCAGCUCGGCCAAGGAUGUGGGUGGAUCCCCUGAAAAGGCAGCCACAGAUCUCAGCAGUGAAAACAAGCAACUCAAUAAAUCCUAGCAGCUGAAAAAAGUUUUCAAAGAAUAUGGUGCUGUAGGGGUUUCAUUCCAUGUUGGAAUUUCAUUAGUAUCUCUAGGAAUCUUCUACCCGGCUGUGUCAAGUGGUGUGGAUAUGACUGCAGUUCUCUUCAAACUUGGUUUCAGUGAAUCAUCGCUGCAGUCUAAAAGGGCUGCUGGUACAAGCACAUUUGUGUUGGCAUAUGCUAUUCACAAAUUGUUUGCUCCAGUACGACUCAGCAUUACUAUAGUUUCUGUGCCAUUUAUUGUCCGAUACUGCCGGAAGAUUGGUUUCUUCAAACCUCCUACCCCAAAUCCAUGAUAACUUCUUAUGGUUUUUUACUCGCCCAACAUGGGGCUCAAGGAAUUUGAGAUAAGGAU